AUGCAUGACAGCCUAGACGGCUCAGCGAGCCCGAAGCGGCACAGUAAGGACCUGUUCACCACUGGCUCACCAGCGCUGGCGUGGAUCAGUGCACAUGGCCGUACAGGCUCUGUGUCAACGACGACGAGCCCGGCGUCUGUGCCGUCGGCCUCGUCGCCGAGCGGUGCGAAUGCCCGAACACCAGCCAUUGCUCAAGUGUCUCGGGGAUCGUCCAAAUCUCGAAGUCAUGAUCACGCUAUACCUGAGACGCAUCAUCUUGUUUCUUCAAUGGCUUCCGAUGCGAAUGCGCAUUCAUCCACGAUGACUGCGCCUACCAUAUCGUCUCUGGGCCUUGGCUUGUAUAUACCUCCAGAGCAGCCGCCAACUUCUGCAUCCUCCCACGCAGGCAAAGAUGUCCUAUCCUUUGACGGCGUAGCCCAUGAAUCAGGAAACGAUACAGCCCUGCCUUUAGACAACAUGUCUGGUGGUGGGAUGGAUGAGCCGAAUGUCAGUGCAGUGCUGAAUGACGUCAUGCACUGGCACGUUUCUCCCGUGCCACCAGCCACUUCAACGUCGUCUUCAUCUAUUUCGCAGAGUCGCCAUACUCUUUCACAACGACCGCCUGCCCCAUCUACAGUCACAUCGCGUGUGAAUGUGAUGACGAAGCCAGUCACUACGUCGUCUUCUUCGCAGUUGCUUCCAAGUGAGUCUCAGGCACGUGUGCGUAUCAUAUCAACUGCAUCACAAAAAGCCCCGCGACUGGUGGACCCGGUGCCUGAUGAUGAUGACGAUGCUAUGCCACUGCCCCCUAUGAAAGCGCCUCCUGUAAUCACGCCUGCAUUCACAUCUUUGCCGACGCGGCGGCCGCCGGCGUCGCGUCGCACUGAACCGUUGCAUCUUCCGCACGCGUCCAAGCCGACAACACGUGCCGCAGUCACGGCUGACACACCAGACGUCUCAGCAGCGGCUCAGGCAGUCAAUGCGACACCCACAGCUGCGACAGCUGAUACCGUACCGGAGAAGACAGACAUCACAGACGCCGCUGCGGUCGAAUCCUCCGGUGCUCACACCGCUCCGGGACCAACGAAUGCGUCUGGCGUACCGCCUGCGUCUCGGUCCGCGGUGCCGGCAUCUAAGCCAACGACACAUAUUGCGCCUUCCGUACGAAAGUCAAUGGAGUUUGAGUCCAGACGCCCGCCGUCUCGCUCCAACACGCCUGGGUCUGCAUUAGGUCUGUAUUUGGAUGAUGAGCCGGCGUUAGAACAAGUCAGUGAGACUGAGCAUGACCCUGUCCCUGAUCCACCCGCAAAGCCAGUCAAGGAAUUGAGCGGCGCUCAGCGAGGCCAGCUUCUUGAUACGACGACGCCGCUCGACUUGAUGCACCAUGAAAGUGAUACCGAGAAUCGUGACUUGUUUGCUGACAAUAAACGCACUGAGACAGCUCGUCAUCACGAUCCACAUCCACACUCUGUUGGUACGAGUGAGCUGUCUAUGAAUGCGAAGGCGCGAGUGAAUGCACACGGGAAUAAGAGGGCUAGCGAGGGCGCGGCCAGUGCCAUGGGGUUCACCCUUCCCACUGCGCAUGAUCAUGAGCCCAUGCCCAUGCCGAACACGCGCGGUUCGUUGGAGCCAGGCUCAAUGCACAAGGCUGUGGUCCACUCUGUGUCAACGCCCAGGGCAACGUUGAUAUCGGACAUGGCGCGCACACCGCCGCAGGCUGAGAGAGAGUCUAACCAACCGGCCGGGCCUCAUACGCACGCGCCAUCACAUGUGGAAUUACAGCCGUCAUCACAACGUGCGGAACAGCCAACGCCACGCGCAAGUGCAGCGUCACCUGCCACAGAAGCACACCGGUCACUGUACCAAGAUUCGGUUGUCCAUGCGCCGGCGGCGCAAGACCCGGUGCGAGUGUCGACGCAUGAUCGUGUGGAGACAUUGCAUCGUCCGGACGCUGUGCUGUAUUCGUCUGAUGCCCACUACCAGCAGGACGGAGCUGAAGCCAACGCUACUGACGGCGAACGUGCGCGCGACGUGACACAGUCGACCGAGAAGGCCGCAGCGCCAGCACUGACGACCUCGCCCGAUGGCACAGCAGCCGCGCAUUCGCCUAGGCCAGUGGCUGGGCCAGCACUGCCGUCCAAGACACAGCCACGUCAUGACAGGGGCGCCAUACGUGACUCGACCCUCCCUUGGGACGCGCGAGUCUAG